CGGCAGGAGGCGAGGCCUGCCACGCUGCAGCGGUGUAACCGUGCGGCCAGCGCGCGUAUCUUUCCCCGCGCUGACGAUGUCUGCAGCGUCCUUUAUAACCACUUUGGUCACCCGACUGCUCCGGUCCGCGCAGAGUGGCCGCCUCCAUCAACGCUCUUUCCACCUCUCGGCAGUGCGAAAUGAAGCUGUUGUCAUUUCUGGAAGGAAACUUGCUGAGCAGAUCAAGCAGGAAGUGCGGCAGGAGGUGGACGAGUGGGUGGCGUCUGGCAACAAACGGCCACACCUGAGCGUGGUUCUGGUUGGAGAGAAUCCUGCAAGUCAGUCCUAUGUCCUCAACAAAACCAGAGCAGCUGCCAGCGUGGGAAUCAACAGUGAGACCAUUGUGAAACCAGCUUCAAUUUCAGAGGAAGAACUGUUGAAUUUAAUCAAUAAACUAAAUAAUGAUGAUAAUGUAGACGGCCUCCUUGUUCAGCUGCCUCUUCCAGAGCACAUUGAUGAGAGAAAGGUCUGCAAUGCUGUUUCUCCAGACAGAGAUGUUGAUGGCUUUCAUGUAAUUAAUGUAGGACGAAUGUGUUUGGACCAGUGUUCCAUGUUACCAGCUACUCCAUGGGGUGUGUGGGAAAUAAUUAAGCGAACUGGCAUUCCAACCCUAGGGAAGAAUGUGGUUGUGGCCGGAAGGUCAAAAAAUGUUGGAAUGCCCAUUGCAAUGUUACUGCACACAGAUGGGGCACAUGAACGGCCCGGAGGCGAUGCCACUGUCACAAUAUCUCAUCGGUACACUCCUAAGGAGGAGCUAAAGAAACAUACAGCUCUUGCAGAUAUUGUGAUCUCCGCUGCAGGUAUUCCAAAUCUGAUCACAGCAGAUAUGAUCAAGGAAGGAGCAGCUGUCAUUGAUGUGGGAAUAAAUAGAAUUCAAGAUCCCAUAACUGCUAAACCCAAGUUGGUUGGAGAUGUGGAUUUUGAAGGAGUCAAGAAGAAAGCAGGUUAUAUCACUCCAGUACCUGGGGGUGUUGGUCCCAUGACAGUGGCAAUGCUGAUGAAGAAUACUAUUAUUGCUGCAAAAAAAGUGCUGAGGCUCGAAGAACGGGAAGUACUGAAGUCUAAAGAACUUGGAGUAGCAAGUAAUUAACUAUUGUGUCUUCUGUGUCAUGAACAGCACUCCAAGCCAGUUCAAGAGGAAAACCAGGUCAAUAGAAAUGCAAUAUUUUUUCUUUACUUACAUGGCUUUAAACAACGCUUUGUAUUUAUUGUAAGCUUAAAUGAGUGGCUGUUUGCACACAUAGCUCUGCAGUAACCUACCAGGGAGCAUGCCGCUAUCGUGCUGGGUCAUGCGAUCCAACCAAGAGAAGCAUUAACCUAGAGAUUAACAGGGAGGACCCUGUCACACUGAGAAUGGCUGCUUAACUUUGUCAGGCUGCUUCAGUUAAAAUUUGUCUUCUUUAGAAAGGCAGCUAUGCUCACCAUUAUACCACCAGUGCUGCCCAAACUUGUCUUUUCUGUGAUUACAUUUCCCAAGUGCCAUUCCAAUAAUGAGUUGAUGCUCACUUUAGGUUCCAAACCUUUUGAGUUCAACUGGUCAAACCAAAGGAAAAAUGUUGCUAGAGAAAAUUAGGGAAAAGUUAAAAAAGAAAGAAAUGAUGGUAAUUGAGUAGAAAAAAUUUACCCUAAUUUAUAUAUGUACUGAUGAUAAACAGAAGGAAAACUGCAUGUUAAUAGUCUCCUAAGCUACCAUUUUGUGAUUCAGUGAUUGGGAAAAUGUUUGGGGUUUUCCCAUUUGCUAUUAGCCCUUGUUUUAUGUUCAUUACCACUUGGGGUCUCCCCAUUUUACUUUUCUAGGAUUGAAAGGCUUAUUUGAUAAAUUAUUCAUGUGUGUUGUCAUAUUUGACUUUUCCUAUAUCCUCAAACUUCAUUGUCAAAUUUUUAUAUUGUUGGAGGCGUCUGUAUGGUUUCUUUAGUGUGUCUUGAAACCUAUUUUUUGAAAACAUAACUUGGGCUUGAUAAUCAUUAGGGCAGCUAUAUAUAAGUAUGCAACUUACUUUGCCACCAAAGAACUGUCAACAGCUGCCGGCUUUUCUCCGCUGCACCUGUUGGCUUUCCUUGAUUGAUUUUUGAGAGUGAGAGUUAAUACUGAAUUUAAUCAGACUUUAUUAAGGGACUUUUUUGCAUCAUUUUAAUUUUUUAAAUAAAACACUUCUGACUGAUAUGGAA